GAAAGAUGGGCGGCUAUUAAAAAAUUUAAUCAACAUGAAUACCAAUUUUGGCAAAAAUUAACAGAAAUAGCAAAUUUGAAGCACAAAUUACUAUAUCUGAAUUAUAAAUAUUUUCCAAUUAGAAAAAGCAAAAAAUGUAAAAGGUCAAAUAAUACUUCUUAUAGACAACGUCCUCUAUUGGCAGCUGAUAUCAUCAAAUCCACAGAAAUUAGGUCAAACAAAAAUAUUAAAUUGUUACAGAUCCAAGAAACAAACAAUGCUUAUGCUUUAUCAGACAAUAACAAUUCCUCUAAUUUAUCUAUCGAACUACCCUCAUAUAGUUAUUUUAUACCCAUAUUCCAUGAAAGUUUUAUACCCUAUUACUUUUUAUCUGAAUAUAGACAAAGUGUUGCAGCUUCAAAUAUGAG